CUCUGGUCAUUACUAUGAGACCUGUGGCUGCUGCAGUGGUUUUGGGGCUGCUGGCUGGUGCAUGGGCGCAAGUGCCCCCAUCCAACUUUCCGCCUGUCAGCAGGCCCUUCUGUGACUCCUCAGAGGUUGAAGAGGCAGCCUUCGUGGGUCAGGACUACAUCAAUGCCCAGCAUACAUAUGGGUAUAAGUACAUCCUCAACAGGAUAGAGGACGUCAAAGUCACAAAACUUCCUGAUGGUGAGGAGUUGUACAGCAUGGAGCUAGAUCUGCUGGAGACCAAGUGCCACGUCCUAGAUCCAACACCACUAGCAAACUGCACCGUCAGACCCAGACAUGAAGUGGCAAUUGAAGCAGAUUGUGAUGUGCUCGUAAAAAAGAUAGCUGGAGAUGUAUCCCCACUGGCCUUCAAGUGUAAAUCAAAACCAGACUCUCGUGAGGAACUGUGCGUAGGGUGUAUCGAGCUGCUCCCUCUGAAUGACACUGAUGCCCUCCAGGUGGUCCACACUUCCCUGGCCUUGUACAACAACAAAUCCACUGAUAACUCUACAUUUGAACUGCUGGAAGUUGGAAGAAUGACAUCACAGAUUGUUGCCGGAGGAGCCAAAAUCAGGGUUGAAUAUGUCGUCCUGGAAACAACUUGCAAUGCCAGUGGAUCCUGCAUAUCCUUGAAUUUUACCAUGGCUCGUCGAGGCUUUUGCACUGGAUCAGGCACUCCUGCGGAGCUUUAUGUGGAUUGUGACAUCGUUGAAGCUGGGGCAGCUCCUAUGGACACAUCAAGGAAAGCGACAACAAGUCAUCCAAGCAGCAGCGGUCCCGGCCACAAGCACCACAGGCUGAUCCGCCUCCAUGACCCCUCAGCCAGUGGCCUCCUUUCUGAGUCACAAGAGUCUGCAGAGGUCCCAAUAGUGAAGAGGCAAUUGCCUCCAGAUGUAGAGGGAACAGUCAUCCCAGAGAUACCUUUGGCCCCUGGUAUUCAGCUUUGCCCGGGGAAGAUCAGGCAUUUUUCAACCUGAACUUCAUAGUUUGCCUUUACAAUCCACUAGAUUUUGCCAUUGUAAUAAUCUCUCCCCACAGCUGGCAAUUAACAGAAGGCAAAAAGUUAGGAGAAGCUAGGCCGCCAAAGAAUUGCAUGUCUUAUUGUGUGAUUUUUAAUGGUGCUAUCGAUAAAUGUAUUAAACUUGGAGUAUCAUUGUGUCAAUGCUUGUAGUAUGUAUACAUAUUUGAUGGCAUACUGUUGUCACCAGUAGAAAUAAAGAAUGAUUCUGAACUAAUCCUUCAUAUUGAA